AUGGGGGAACAAGUCAAAUUUAUUGUCCAGGAACUCAAUAAAGAACCAUUCAAGAAAAAUUUGAAUUUGAUAUCAUUUGAUUCACUUGAACCAUUGUCUCUGCUGCAAAUUUUAAGUGAUGUUCUUGGUGAAAUUGAUUCCAAGCACAAACUUGACAUACGACAAGAAAGUCCAGAUCAAACUGCUAUUCGUAUCGUGAAUACUUUGAAAAUUUUAAAAUACAGACCACCAACAGACAGGGAAUCACAAUCUGAUUUUAAUUGUGGUCUUGUACAAGCUGACAAACCUGUCAUCUAUCCUAUUUUGGAAUGGUUGUUGAAGGGACUACCAGAAUUAAAAAAAAGAGCCUACCUUGCUCAAUUCCUUGUUAAGAUCAACAUUCCCCCAGAUAUUAUUCAAGAGGACAUGGUUGCUGAAUCUUAUGAACAGUAUGAAGAACUUAUCAAACAGUUUAAAGAAUGGCACAAACACUCAGAACAGUUGAAAACAUCCAGCUUUAACACUCCAGAAAUUCGCCGUGACAUUUCACAAAUGGAAGAAGAGAAGGAACAACUACUGAAGCGAAUUGAGAGAUUAAAGAGAAAAGUUGAACCUCAUCCCAAUGCACAAACUAUGAUGAGUGUAGCUAAGAACCUGAGGCAAGAAAAGGACCAAGAAAAGAAGUUAGCUGAACAAAAAACCAAACAAAAUGAACAGAUUCACCAAGCUGAGCAAAGAAUUUGGAGACUACAACAGCAAUUAAAGAACACACAACAAUCUCGAGAUGGAGCUUCUCCAAGAUUGAUUCUACAACAUAUUGAAGAAGAGAGUAAAACUAACAAAUAUCUUGUUAAAAUUCAACAAGUCAAAGAAUUGGAAGAGAAAAAUAAGAUUUUAGAGGAUAUGCAAAGAGUUGUAUCAGAACCUUUACUUGGUCAAACUGAAAUAAGUGAACUAGAAAACAAGCUGCAUGAAGUUACAGAAGAAGUAAAUCAACUGAUUGAAAAGAAAGGUUUACAUACAGAUGGAGUUGAUGAUAAGCUGCAUCUGUUUAGGAAUCAGGCCACAAUCAUUUCUAGGAAGAAAGAAGAAAAAGCAGAUGAACUACAAAGAAUUAGGGAAGAGAUGAAUAAAUUAUCACAGGCAUUAGAAGAGAAGAGGCAAGUGUUGAAAGAGUCAGGAACCGGUGAAAUUCUUAGAAAGGAAGAUUACAUGAGGUUUGUAAACAAACUGAGGACAAAGAGCAACAUUCACAAGAAAAAGAAGCUUGAACUUGAAGAAAUGAGAGCAGAACAUGGUGUCUUGUCCCGUACGGAAGAAAUCCUUUCAAAUAGACUUGGCCUUGUGGACCAACAAUUGUCAGCAUUAGAAGCAGAUCAGGGUGUGGCUGGAUAUCGUGAAACUCAGGAAGAAUUGGAGAAAGUUUCAGCCAUCAAAAGUGAGUUUGAUGAGAUGAAGGAUAAAACUCUAGAGGACAUGUCCAAAAUGGUCAACACAUUGAACAAAAAAGUGGAAGAGAAAAAAGGGGCUUUAGCUCCUGUUAUACAGAAUCUGCGGCUUCUCAGAGAUGAGUUCAAAGUAAUCACUCAAGAGUAUGAAGGAAAGAAGUCUGCUUAUGAAAUGCAGUCAGCUAAUCUAGAAACACAAAGGUCCCAGUUAGAAAAGGAAGUACGCAGCUACCGUGAAGAAUGUAACCAUCAAGAAUCACGUUAUCAUUUACUUCAUAUUCAAAAUGAAAUAUUGGAAAGCCAGAAAUGCAGAAUUCAAGAUGAGAUGAGUGCCUACAAAUCUGCUGAUCCACAAGAUAAGAAAAAGACAUUACGGGAAACAUACUUAAAAAAGAUCAAAGAACAAGAGAUUCUUGGCAAAAAAUUGCGAGAAGAAAAGAAAUUUUUACAAGAUAACCAAGUCCCCAAUUUGAAGCAAAUGAAGCAAUGGAAAGACUUUAUGCGUAUUAUGGAAUGCAAAAAAAAGUGUUUUGAACAGAUGCACAAUGGUGAGGCCAAUGGCAAAGCACGUCAUAUUGGAAAUGCACCCACUUUACAUGAAGAAGACCGACUUAUUCUUUGA